UACAGCCCAGUCAUCAAGUCAACCACCUACCAGACCAGGAGCCAGGAGAGAUCACAAACGGCGACGAGGCGGAACAUACUCAAAGGACCGACGAUUCCUCGCCGCUUGCCGGCGAGUUCACCUAGGAUUCCGGCUCGUCCAGGCGGCCACCCAACCACCACUACAGCCCGGCACUAUAGUACACCACCGCAGAAGUGAGGUGCUCGUGAGGUUGCCGUAAUCUCAUCUCCGGGGUAACCAACCCAGUCGAGCGGCCGAUCCUUGAUCCGUAUCGGAGGGAAGAGGAGUCGAGGAGAGAAGAUGCGGCCGCGGCUGGUGCUCUUCGGUGCCUCCCUCACCGAGCAGUCGUUUGCCUCAGGCGGAUGGGGCGCCGCCCUCGCCCACCACUUCGGCCGCCAGGCGGACGUGGUACUGCGCGGGUUCAGCGGGUACAACACGCGGUGGGCGCUGAAGGUGCUGGAUAGAGCCAUGGAGGGGGCGGCCGCCGGGGGCGCGGACCCCGCGGCCGUCACGGUGCUCUUGGGCUCCAACGACGCUAGCCUGCCGGACCGGGCGGAGCCGCACCUGCACGUGCCGCUAGCGGAGUACCAGGACAACCUCCGCGCGAUCUGCGCCCACUUCAAGAAUAAGUGGCCGUCUGCUGCUAUCAUCCUCAUCACCCCUCCACCAAUCUACGAGGCCGCGAGGAUCAGGCACAUAUAUGGGGAUAAUGAUCCUUCACGACAGCCUGAAAGAACAAAUGAAGCUGCAGGCACUUAUGCACAGGCAUGCAUAGCUAUUGCUAAAGAAUUGGAUCAGCAAUUUGUAGACAUCUGGACACAGAUGCAGAAAUUCCCUGAUUGGCAGACAUCUGCAUUAUGUGACGGACUUCAUUUCACCCCGUUCGGAAACAAGAUUUUGUUCGACGAGGUGCUCAAAACACUGGAAAGUAUUGGUUUCAGCAAACAGAUUCUCCGAUCGGAUCUCCCUCUCUACCAUGAAAUUGACCCCAAGGACCCAUUGAAAGCAUUUGAAAUUUGAACAAGGUAUCUGCAUGGCUUGAUUAUUCAGAAGGCGAUCUCGGUGUGUUUGUCCUUAUAACUGGGAAAACCUUAUGCCAUGUGCUGGACUUGUUUAGUAGCUGUGGUUUAUGUUCCAUAUAUUCCGUAAGUAAUGAGCAUUUCUAUGGUUUUCAAGUGGAAAAGACUGAAAAUAAACGGCAUUUUCUGUUUUUUUUUUUCCUGUACAUUUCGUAAGGUGCAUUGAAGCUCUGAUUUC